AAAAGAACGCGGGGAAAUUUGACAAUCACCGAAUAUUGACGUGAAUGCACAUCGUUUUUACUUUGUUUAUACCCUUUAGAUAAGAACUUUCUGUGGUAUUUUUGUCUGUAUACUUAAAAAGGAGUCUUUUGAUCUAAACAUUACCAAACUGACCCGCCGUGAGAUCCAGGAUGAGAACUUUAGAGGAGGUUCAGUCGACUCUGCAGAUCGCUAAGCUGAAGGAGGAGGAUCUACAGAAAACGAUCCACUGUCUGUCUUUUGGUGAAAACGUCUCAUCUGCAGACUACUGUCUGAUGGAGCUGGACGAUAACCUCUGCAAACUUAUAGAGGCUGGUCAAAGUCUCGUGAUCCGAGGGGAUAAGGAUGAGCGUGCAGUUCUCUGUAGUGGUGACAAGACCUAUGAUCUAAAAAUCGCUGACACAUCCAAUCUGCUGCUUUUUGUACCCGGAUGCAAAACUCCAGACCAGCUGACCAACAGUCAGGAGAGCUCGCAUGUGGAGCAUGCUCAGAUCUGGGGAUUUUGUAACAGCUAUUGGGAACUGCGAAAACAACGACCUAAACUGAAGAAACUGAAGAAGCUUUUAAUGGAGAAUCCUUAUGAAGGCCCUGCUUUAGUGGGACAGGAGGAGAAUACAGAGAACACGUACACCAUGCAGGAUCUGUUGGAGAGGAUCCAGGCCAGUGAGGAAGAGAUAAAGACCAACUUAGAGACCAUCAAUGCCUGCAGGAUAGAUGGUUACUGGCGUGUGCUGGACUUUGACUAUGAGAUGAAGCUGCUCGGUCACGUGACUCAGCUGGUGGAUUCUGAGUCUUGGUCCUUCAGCAAGGUUCCCCUUGAAACCAGUCUGGAAGAGUUAGGUCCUCUGGAGCCCAAAGAGAUGAUCGAGCACUGUUUGAACUGCUAUGGGAAGCGCUACACUGAAAACGACAAAGUCUUUUAUGCACUGCAUGAGGAUAAAGUAUGUCGGGCUACAGCACUGUUGUUGCUGCAGAACGCUGUCAAAUUCAACCUAAGGGAGUUUCAGGAGGUCUGGCAGCAGAGCGUCCCAGAUGGCAUGAGCACUAGACUGGACCAGCUGAAGAGUGUUGCUUUAGUAGACCGUACGUCCCAUCCAGAGACCAUCUGCCUGCUACGAGUGGAGGAUCUCCCAGAGGACACACUGGAACGCUUCAACCACCUCUUCACACUCCGAGAGAAAUGGACAGAGGAGGACAUCACCCCAUACAUACAAGACCUGUGCGGUGAGAAACAAACCACUGGAGCCCUCCUGACCAAAUACGCCCGAUCUUCAAUGCAAAACGGGAUCAAGGUCUUCAACUCCAGGAGGCCUGUGGCUACAUGAACACACCUACUGUCAGGUCAUGUGAAGAUGAACGAGGUUAGGUCACUUUCAAUAGUAACUGUAUUGUUGCAGUUUUAUUCACCAGCUUGUAAAAUUACAUGAAAUUACUGAUUUGAAUUCAGAUAUAUAAAAAAGCUUUAUAUAAACCAUGCUUAAAUUUUCGCUAAUUCUGCUUUGUAUAUGUUAAAGAAUGCUUCAUUUGAGUAAUAAAGUAAUUUUAAUAUUA